UGUGUUUUUAAGUGGGCCGAUCGACGUUUUGGGCGGCGCGAGCGCACCCGGUCAAGGCCGCUUGCACUUGUUCGCAAAAAACGCGCAACUGGUUGUGUGCCCACGCAUGCGGUUAUCAUACCCGCGUUUUUUGCGACCAUAUUCAUAUCUACGUCACUAGAAAUGCGCGGGCCGUUGCUCACUUACUAACAGUAAGCUUUAUUUAUGAAACCUGUCAGCUUAAAACUAUUAACUUCUCUAAACACAUUCUUCUGUUGUAAACAAAUUGAUUGUCAAUUUUGCAAAUCCUUUUAGACAUCAUGUAAUUUUCUUUAUUUAUUCUAGUAGUAGAUAAGUCAUCACGCUGUAUUCUAUUCAUAUGGCGAGCAUUUGCAUAAUGACCACCUAUGUUAGUCACCGAGUACACUUCGCGACUACUGCAAAUAAAACACAGCCAUCAUCAUUAAGUGGCGUGUCGAGGCCCGUAGUUCAGUGCGGGCGCUUAUAUGGCGGUGCGCAAACUCAAUGUCGCGGUCAAGGAAACUAUACCUAAAAGCUUUGAACAUGCAAAACAAAUCGUGAGAGCAACGCCGCAGCCAAUUAGCGAAAUAUUUAUAGACAUCAUCAACAAUGUACCUACAUUCCUAAAUCACGAGCUAUGACGAAUGAGCAUCAGUGCAACGUGAAUCAAUUUACAUAACAAUAUUCCUUAUAUCAUGCAACCAAACUCCGCAGAGUUCAACAUCCUGAUCCUGCCAUUAGCAAGGCACAGCCAUAUUCGAUAUUAAUUACGACAAGUUCGCGUGUCACUAACGACGCAUUCUGUUACCGCAACAAUGAAGAAUUGUUACUUCAAUCCAAUCAUGUCACGCCAUCGAACUAUGAGAUUUAUCCCAUUACGGUACUAGCUGAUAGAUUUUCUACUCUUCACACCAUUUUGUACUUGAUAGAACACGUUAACAUGUUCAUAAAAACACAGUAUACUUAACGGGUUGAUUAAAAUUUUAAUAAGUAUCAUACAUUAUCAAUGUUGUUUCAAAGAAAAUUCCAAGUCGCAGUAGAUCGACGUACAAAGUUUUACCAACUUUCCAUUAACUGUCAGCCUCGCUUCAAACUCUUCGUGUACGCCCAACAAUCAACACUUUAAAAUAAUAAACUAUUUAUCAGCUUCACACUCUACUUAAGGCCGCCCAGUUUUAUUCGAACCAAAGUAUCCGUGACUCUUUCCACAGACAAAGGGUCAUUAGCGAAAAUGUCGGAGUCAACAAUAGAACAAGCGAAACGGGAAAUUGAUGAAUCUUUGAUUCUGAGUGCAUUCUGCAUGCGCCGUAUCGGCCUGUCGUUCCAGGAACCCAAAAGUGGAUCAGCUUAUUUACGUCAGAAGCUGAUGUUCAUAGCAUCUGUCUGUGGCAUUUGCUACCACGUAUUCAGUGAAAUCGUCUUCAUCGGUCUCACGUUGUCGAAUUCGCCACGAGUUGAGGAUGUCGUUCCACUUUUCCAUACUUUUGGAUACGGUGCUUUAAGUAUUGCAAAAGUAUUUGUGUUGUGGUACAAAAAAGAUGUAUUCCGUCAGCUACUGAAUGAGCUAGCUGGCAUAUGGCCGAUGCCUCCGCUGGAAGAGGAAGCCUUAAUCAUUAAGAACAAGAGUCUGGCCGCUCUCCGCAUCACACAUCGAUGGUAUUUCUUCAUGAAUGUAUCGGGUGUGUGGUUCUACAACUUGACUCCGAUCGUCAUUUAUCUGUUUGGCCUGAUUCAAGGCAGGAGCGAUAAGAUUGGAUACGUCUGGCAGUCGUGGUACCCGUUUGAUAAACACCAAACGGUUGCGCAUGUCGCGGUUUAUCUCUUUGAAAUAUUCGCGGGUCAGACUUGCGUAUGGAUUAUGGUCAGUACAGACCUCUUAUUCUCGGCUAUGGCCAGCCAUAUAAGUAUACUGUUACGUCUCCUGAAGCGUCGACUGGAAGCUGUGGGUACUGUUGAUAAUGAGCACUACGACGAGAUACUGGCCAACAUUAAAUUGCACCAGAGACUUAUAACAUACUGCAACGAUUUAGAAAACACUUUCUCCUUGUCGAACUUCGUGAACAUUAUGUUGAGCUCAGUCAAUAUCUGCUGUGUAGUGUUCGUUAUUGUGCUCCUAGAGCCGUUCAUGGCGAUCAGUAACAAACUGUUUUUGGGUUCAGCUCUAAUUCAAAUCGGAAUGCUGUGCUGGUACGCGGACGACAUUUUCCAUGCGAACGCUGAUAUAGCGGCGGCUGCUUACAAUAGCGGAUGGUACCGUACAAAUCCUCGCUGUCGUCGCGCCCUGCUUUUCCUUAUACAGAGGGCUCAGAAACCGAUCGCGUUUACAGCAAUGGGCUUCACAAAUAUCACGCUCGUUACGUAUUCAGCGAUCCUCACGAGAUCAUACUCGUACUUCGCAUUGCUGUAUACGAUGUACAAUGAAAAUUAGACCCUACAGCAUUUAAAAUACGUACAUAAUUUAGAUAAAGCUGUAGAUAUAGAUAGGAGCAGUAUCAAUAGAUGUCGUUUCCCG